CCAUUGGUGGAGACGUAGCACACUUGUUCCCCUGUGAGCAGCCUCGUGGGUGUGAUUAUUCGGUCAGUCAAUCUGGAAUUAGGUGACCGGUCAUGAUACCCAGGCUUACUGCAGCAACCAGCUCCCUCAGCUAUUGCAGACUUGGAAGAAGUUUGAGCUCAUACACGGGCACCAUGCUGCCAAACUCAGGGAGACUUGCUGGAUGUACUAUCUUCAUCACUGGUGCCAGCCGUGGUAUUGGAAAAGCAAUUGCUCUGAAAGCUGCAAGAGAUGGUGCCAAUGUGGUGAUAGCAGCAAAGACUGCAGAACCUCACCCUAAACUUCCAGGGACAAUAUAUACUGCAGCUGAAGAAAUUGAAGCUGUUGGUGGAAAGGCCUUGCCUUGCAUUGUUGAUGUGAGAGAUGAAAAACAGAUCAGUGAAGCUGUGGAAAAAGCAGUGAGCACAUUUGGAGGUAUAGACAUCUUGGUAAACAAUGCCAGUGCAAUCAGUUUGACUAAUACUGUAGACACUUCAAUGAAGAAAGUUGACCUUAUGAUGGGCAUUAACACUAGAGGAACGUAUCUCACGUCAAAAUUAUGCAUCCCAUACUUAAAAAGAAGUAAAGUGGCACACAUUCUAAACCUCAGUCCUCCACUCAACUUGAAUCCAAUUUGGUUUAAGAAUCACUGUGCAUAUACCAUUGCAAAGUAUGGGAUGUCUAUGUGUGUUUUGGGGAUGGCUGAGGAAUUAAGAGGAGAAAUUGCCGUCAACGCUUUGUGGCCUAGAACAGCUAUACAUACAGCUGCUAUGGAUCUGCUGGGAGGAUCCGGGGUGGAAAAGCAGUGCAGAACUGCUGACAUAAUGGCUGAUGCUGCAUACUCCAUCUUCACAAAGCCCAAGAGCUACACUGGAAACUUUGUAAUUGAUGAGGAGCUACUGAAGACUGAAGGAAUAAAGGAUUUUGAUGUCUACGCAGUGUCUCCAGGGCAUCCUUUGCUUCCUGACUUUUUCUUAGAUGAAAACCCAGAUGUUGUCACCAGUAAAUUGGAGGAACUGGGUGGGAAAGGAACCACAUCAAAAGCCCAAAGUCUAGUAGAGGAUACAUUUAAAGCCAUUGGCAAAUCAGUCAAUGAAGAUGCUGUAAAGUCCGUUCAAGGCAUCUAUCAAUUCAUACUUUCAGGUGCAGAACAAGGCACUUGGUAUUUGGACCUGAAAACUGACAAGGGUUCAGUUGGAAAAGGGGAACCAUCUGUAAAAGCUGAUGUAGUGAUGAGUUUGGACAGUGAUGACUUUGUGAAAAUGUUUACAGGUAAACUAAAGCCAACAAUGGCAUUCAUGGGAGGAAAGCUGAAGAUCAAAGGCAAUAUGGCUCUAGCAAUGAAAUUGGAGGUGCUCUUGGGCCGACUAACUUCCAAGCUGUGAUUUCAGAAACAUCCAAAAUAUUUGAAGACAUAAUCUUGAAGCCUGAAAAAGGAUCUGCUCACACA